AUGGCUGCUGCAGGCCUCGGCGCCCUCACUGUGGCCCAGCGAGCGGAGGAGCUCUCCGCCGGCCCAGAGAAGACCGAGCUCACAGAGGUGCUGGUGGACGAUUGGAGGGUGGUCACAUGCCGUGCGGCCACCUCCGCCACAGCUUUUGCCGCAUCAGGUCCCACCAUCUCACGAGCAGCGCCCAAUGCUGUGGCGGCAAAGCGCGCGGUAGAAGUUGCUAAGGAGUCCGCGAACGCUGAGUACAACAAGCAGAACUACGGCCCUGCCGUGGAAGGCUACACCCAGGCAACUGCCUCGGAUCCUUGUCUCGCGGACGUGGCCGCCAUCUUCAGCAACUUGGCGCACUGCAGGCUGUGCUUGGGCCAGCCACACUGUGCCCUUGCCGCAGCCGUCUCCUGCCUCCGGCUCAGGCCUUCCUGGACAGUGGCUGUGAAGGCCGCACGCCGACUGGCCGCUGCGCUUGCCAGCACAGGGGAGCUUGACGCGGCACGACGAGUGGCCAAUGCGUUUGACAGCGCCACGGUCGAUGACGUGCCGGAAGCCGUCCGGAAGCAAUGCGCAGACGUGGUCGGCAAGCUGGACCGGCAUGUUGAGGCCCUCGCCCAGCUGGAGAAGGGAGGCCCGGGCGGCGACGAAGGCCUCGGCGACCAGCUGCCGGGCAGCGAGUGGUGCGCCCCGGCUUUGGAGGCCAGUGCAGGCCGGCUGCGCGUGGCGAGCCCCUUGCUGCGAGGGAGCUUGCUCUUGCUGGUGAGACCCUUGGGUGGCCUGGCGCAGGGGAUGCAUGGGUGGAGCACCGGAGAAAGAGCGAGAGCCCAGAUCUGCUCAGAUGGGGCAAGCCUACAUGACAGGCUAUACCACAUCUGCAACACCGACCUUGCAGCCAAAGAAGUUGCACGUCUACUUAGGGCCAACAUCGUCCCAACCAUCACCCAUCCCCAGGCGCUGCUCCUCUGCAGCCCCCGGGCGCAGCUCCUGCCUCUCCUGGGCCAGCGCUCGGACUCGUUUUUCCGAAGCUUCGCCACCUCAACUCCCAGCCUCUUGGGUGGCCUCCUGGAGGAGCACCGCGUGGCCUUGCCGAGCCCCUUGGAGUCCUGCGGCCUUUUUCCCGCGCUGGCGCUGAUCCCCGAAGCCGACUCCGAGGCGGCCAACUGCGAGAUACGCGUUCAGGCUGGGGAGGCCCUGGCAGUGCUGGCAACUGAAGAUCUGAAGCCGGGCCAAGACCUGCGUCUGUUCCGCAUGGACAAAAAUGGGCGGAGGGAGGAGGCGACUCCACACUAUCUCUGCCAGAAGCGGUGCAAGGAGGCUCAAGCGGCCCUCGAGGACGCGGCGCGACGCAUGAUGACUUCCACCAAGGAGGAAGUGGAUGCGCUCACGUCGCAGUACGCCGAUGGCCUCCGCGACUUCCAGGCCAAGCUGCGAUAUCACAGUGAGCUCCGGAGUUUGGAGGCUUUGAGCAACCAGGCGCAUCUGCGACGCGCAUCCAGCGGAUUUGUUGACGCCGUCAGUCGAGAGAACUGCUUCGCAGUCCUCCGCCACGCGGCGGACUCCCGUCCAGACCCCGGAAGGUCUGCCCCGUCCUUCGGCCGGCCGCUCCGCAAAAACUCGCUGGACGCUGCUCAGAGGCACAAGGACCAAUGCGCUGGGACCACGAAGUGGCAAGGUCCUGUGCCGCGGCAGCUCACGGUCAAGAAGGAUGUUCUGGAAGAGCUGGAGCCAACAGAGGCGGAACAGACUGAGAGCCAAAGCCAAGCAGCCGCGGACUCCGAUGAUGAGUUGUUGCUGUCUACCGCUGCGGACCUCAGUGAGGAGAACGACCGCAGCGCGAUGGCACUUUCCCCGAGCUCCAGGACCCACCGAGGAAACAACGGACGCCGGAGCCGCCUGCGCACGCGCAGCGAUGUGCAGGAGGUGAUCCGCUUCAUGGAGGGAGAGGAGGAGGACAUGGGCUCCCCAUCCGCCAAGACGGAGACGGAGGCCCCGGCGGCAAAUACGACCUGCUGGGACAGUCUCGACCCCCGCUUGCUCCCUGUCAUCCUCACGGUGUCCUUGCUCGGUGAGAAUGGCAUGGGCGAUCUCAACGCUCUGCGUGCUGGAGCGGCCAUGCCAUUUGUGCUGGCGUUCGGUCUCAUGGCCUUCGCCAGCCAAGUGGACCCCGGCAUGGUUGCGGACGGGUGUCCGGACCGCGCCAUCGAGCGGUCCUACAAGUCGUCACAGUUCCCGCGCCGCAUACGCAGAUACGACCAUUUCUGCAGGUGGCUGCUCAACGGCAUCGGUUUGUACAACCACCGCGAGUUUUUUCUCCUGCUGAUGGUCUUCACUGUGAUGGUGACGGGAAGCUUGAUCGUGGACGUCUACCUCCUCGCCGCUUUCUUUCGCCCCGAACACUGGGUCGUGGAGUGCUUGCUGGCUGCCCAUCUGACCUAUGUUGUGGUAUUUGCGUAUGGUCUGCUCCCGAUUGUGCGCCUACACGUGGCCUUCGUUUCGAGGAAUGAGCUGGCAAAUGAAUGGAAGGACGACCUAAACUACGUUGUGGACGAUUUGGAGGCGGGCACCUCGAAGUGGGUGGGAGAGCUGGACAUCGAAGAAUUCAACGACAAGUUCGACACAUUCCGCUAUGAUCCCACGCGAAAUCGCUGGGACAAGGGCUGGCACAUGAACUGCUACUUGUUCUGGUGUGUCCCAAGAUGGGAAAAGCAUCAGAUGGGAGAGUUUUAA